CACACUCGUUCAUCUCCCCCUUCACAAAUCCUGACUGAGAUGCUUGCUCUUGGCAAACUGAUACAAGGAAAAAAGAGAAGGAAAUAAAAGUGCCAUAUUCUCUUCACUAUCCCUAUCCAAAGAGAAGCCGCCCAAAGAAACCUGCAGAUUGGAUUCUUGGGGGUCCCCUUUUUUCUAUUUAAGCACAUCUCUCUCUCUCUCUCUUUCUCUCUCACUCUCUCUCUCUAUCUCCUCCCCCCUCCCUCCACCCCCCCCCUCUUUUCUUUUCCACCCUUAUGGACCCUUCUUCCCCACAUGAAGAAAGUGGUCAUGAAGAGUCUGGAUGGACUAGCAUCUUGUGUGACUCCCUACGCUUCUGCCGGGAUCGUGUCAAUAACAGCAGUAACAAUGACGAUUUUGAUGAUGAUAAUGAUGAUGGCGGAGGUGGUAUUGGAAGUGAUGGUAACUAUGAUGUCGACGAUGAAGAUGACGUCUCUUUGGUUAGUGAUGCUUCUAGCGGCGGAUACAAAAAUUGGCAGGAUUCAAGGUCAGAAGAUGAGUAUGGUGGUGGGAUAAGCGGCCAGGAUCAUCCUGCCAAUGAAGACGACAAACAUGAUAAUGAGUGCUACGACUCCUGCAGCAAUGAUGGUGAAGGGCAAACAACUACUCUCCAUGGGGCAGAGAGUGAUAAUGGCUCUGCGUGUGGACUGAUGAGAAGGGCAGUGCAGCAAGCUGAUAGCGGAGGAGAUUCAAAAGUCGGAGUUCAAUCAGAUUCCUCUGCAAUUUCAUUGGGACGCAGAUCCAUCAAGACCUGCAAAUGGAACUUCGCAUCAGGUUGAUUGAAGCAUCUGGUUGAGGUGGAAGCAAUGGAGAGGAGGGAACGAGGCAAUGUAAAGCCCGGCUGAUUGCAGCGAUGAUAGUCAGCAGAGUCUCUAAUAAACUUGAUCAUGUUUGGUUUGGUGUUUGCAAUGUACUUGAAACUCCCGUGUUUUUGUAAGUACUUUCUGGUUACGCUGGUUCAGUUAGAUCUGUUAUGGCUUUCUUCUGUGAGAUGCACGUGAAAUGUUAAAUUCUUGAAGACAAAGUUUGA